GUGCAAGGCUCCUGUUUGAAGGUCUAUUAGCUCGUAUUGGAGAAGUGACGAAGCAUAACUUACAGCGCUGGAAUAACCUCUGUACAGAUACCUGCGCAACUCAGAGGCGUGUUCAUGAACUGGUUGCUCAGAAUCCGAUGACUCAGCACGUAUCCAGCGUGCUCUUGGUCAGCUCGCCUUCUUCAACUCAGACACUGGCCAGAGAGUGCUCAACUUGAUAAACGACGAAGGGUUCUGGCUACGCCUCGAACACCUCCACUCACUGCUAAUACCUAUCCACAACGCGCAGGUGGCCUCGGAGAGCGAGCGCUCGACGGUAGCAAUGGUGAUACCUCGCUGGAAGGACCUCCAAAGCGACAUCAAUGACAUCGAACAACUACCUUUUAAGGCAGAGAUCCUUCGACGACUGGAUCAGCGCCUUGUCAAGCAAACGACUGGUAUUCACUACGCCGCGUAUGCUCUAUAGGCGCCAGAGGCCUACAAGACCAUGUCAACGCGCGAGUGGCAGUUAGCUGAGCAGUUCUUCGAAAACAGCAUACCUUCUGCUCUCCAUGACGAAUUCUUGACUCAUCUUAGCGAGUUUAGAGGCCGCAAGGGUCGCUUCGGCAGCGCCUUCCGUCAGAAGCGAUCAAGCAGCUCAGAUAGGUUCUGGAACUAUGCGCAGCAGUAUGCGCCUCUGCUCGCUGAACUAGCCGUGCGCCUUCUCAGUACACCAGCAAACUCGGUGCCAGCUGAGCGAUCCUUCUCGAGCUUCAAUUCCUACGCGCCUCUCAACUAGCCGAACCGAUCUGUUGCUCUAUAUCUACAUCAAUUGCAGAGCUCUAGAGGCUCAAACAUGGCUCGAGGCACAGAAACGAGAGCGGCUCAAACGAAGGCGUGAGAUAGCGCUCUCAGAGGGCCAAGUUCGCAAGAAGCUACGCCUCGAGGUGCUCGAGGCGCUUACUACACCAACGACUCAAGCAUCUGCGCCACGGAACGUUACUGCUGACGAGGCCAUAGAGCGCCAUAUGGCCCUUAUUGCUGCUCCGGAGCCAACUUACAACUAUCUCG